CUUGCCAAGCCUCUCUGCCCAGGCAGCAUAUAUGAAACAGUCCUAGCGCUGAAACAGAGAGUGAUCACAGCUGCACAGAAUCCCAUUGCUUUAAACAGGAUUUGAACAAAGUUAGAAAGAACUAGAGAAAAGAUCUGCUGCCACAGAAAAUUGACAGGAGGAGAGAUGAAGCUUCUAACAGCUGCCCUCGUCAUCAUUCUUCUCACAACCAUCUCUGCUAAGCCGUUCCGCUCUCACAGGCUUCAUGAUGCCGACAUCUCUGACAGUCACAUGAGACGGAGAUGGCCGGAUGGACACAACAGGUUUUUGCGGCUUGCUGAAUCUUCCAGCUACGAACACUCUUCCCCAGAGUCGGAUGAGUCAGCUAAAUCGAGCGACUCUUCCCAAAGUAACUCCUCUGAUGAUGACUCGUCAGAGGAAGUCACCGAUCAGACCCCACCACCUGUGACAACUGAUGCCAUGACAACCACUGCCGUGACAACCACUGCCGUGACCACCACCGCUGCCAUCACAACCGUCACUAUGGAAGACAACAGCACGAUCACAACUGAACCAGGCACGAUGAACACAAACAUGCCGAUUGAGACCACCCCCGUUACCAUGACGCCCGGCAAUGUGACUCUCUGUGUUACCAAGGAUAUUCCAACUGAACCUCCCAUCACAGAAAACAGAGGAGACAACUAAGCAGCUGUCGUUCCUGUUAACCAACUGCAAACAAUAACUAAACCCAUCCCUAUUAAGGCUUUGUCACUGACUGGGAAAUUUUAGGUCUGGCUGUAAGAGUUAAAUCUCAGUUGGUUGAAUGAGGGCUGGAUUUAUCAACCUGGGAAGCAAAGGUUCACCUAUAAGUAGAGUUACUCAGUAAGGCUGGCUUGAACUUAGAAGGUGAACUAACUCGCUAACACAGUAUCACUAGUCCAUAAAGAUGAGUUAUAGACAAGUUCCUUAAAAUGCACUUCCUUUAAUGACCACUAGCUUGCUUUAUCCAAAAACAGUAUAUUGAUGUCAUUGUAAAUUCUUCAAAGUUUGAUUUGGCAAUAUUGAAUGUUUUUCUUAACUAAAAACUCUUUAUGGCUUAAAGAAAACUAGCAGAUUUCUCAGCCUGCCACAGUCUGCAUGUGCAAAUGUAAAUGUGUGCAAACGAUGGAAAGUGGGAUAAAAGCUCAACUUCUAGAAAGAGGAUGUCGCAGAUUUAGAGAUUUUUUUUUAGGAACUCUACUCUUAAAAGAUGUGACAGUUUCAUGCCAUUUUUUGGUGAGGCAAUAAAGGGAUGCAUUACAGUCAAAAAUGUAGUUUUCUUCAGUAUCAGGGUAACCCAGUGACAGUCGUCGUACAUCCGUGGAUACACUGCAAACAGGAACUGUUUGUAGACAGAUAUGUUACCUACCAAUUGUAAAGGCAGAUACAGGUACCUGCCUUUACAACAGCCCAUGAUCAGAUCUCACUCUCCUGAUGGCUUACAUUUUUUUUUUUCACUCAUCAUAUUGGCUGUCAGAUAGGCUUAUGCUAACUAUUGGUGCUAACAUGUUUCCAUUAUGACAUUGGCCCUCAAUUCCCCACUUUAUAUACAAAUAAACACCAUUCAUUUUACAAAGACUAAAAGGUGUUAUUUUAACCAAUGAGAAAGUAAUGAACUCAAGUAAAUUAAGCCACAUUCAAAAGAUCCCUUGUGAGCAAGAGUCUUAGUGCAGUGCAGAGGUUGAACUCAUCUGAUAGGCUAAUAAAACAUAGCUAAGCAAGCUUUCAUUUCCAGCAGCUGUGGAUGCACCACAAGCUGCCCGAGGGUAACGGGAUGGCUUUGUAAUGUUUCUGUGCAAAUGAAUCGCAAAUAAAGAAACUGCCAGAAGAGCGAACGAUGA